AUGGCAGAUGUGAAUGAAUAUUUCUCUAUUGACUUGUCUAAUGAUGGAGGUAUGAGUGAGGAUGAUGAUUCUGAGGCUGUGGCUGAUGAUGGCAAUAAUGAGAAUUCUAAUCCAGAUCGUUGCAAAUUAAUCCCUGACUUGACAGCUGAUGAGAUAAGGGAGCUGGUGUUUUGUUCUGAGAAGGAUGCUGUUGAAUUUUACCAACACUAUGCCCAUUUCAAAGGUUUUGGUGCAAGGAAAGAUGAUGUCCGUCGUGAUCGAAAGGGUAAUAUUAUUAGUCGUCAACUGGUGUGUAAUAGGGAAGGUGAGAGACAUGAGAAGCAUUUGAAUAAGGUUAGCCGAGUCAAAGAAGCAAAGCCUAUUACCAGAGUGGCUUGCCCAGCAAAGUUUCGUGUCCGUUUUCAUGCAGACUCAAGCAAGUGGAAGGUUGUGCUAUUUGAACCAGAACACAAUCAUGUGUUGACACCUGCAUCCCACGUUCAUUUAAUGCCCUCAUUCAGGGGAUUGACUGAUGGUGACAAGGCUCAAGUAGACAGUCUAAAGUUGUAUGGGGUGAGAAGUUGCAACAUAAUGGGGUUUUUGAUGGGUCAGAAAGGUGGGCAUGAAUCGCGUAAGGGGGAGAAGGAUCCCAUGUUUUUUUUCAAAUUCACAAGAUCAGGUGAAGAAAAUCUUGAAAACUUGUUUUGGUGCGAUGGAACAAGUCGCCUUGAUUACCAAGCGUUUGGAGAUGUCAUUGUUUUUUACAGCACCUACAAGAAGAACAAGUACAACAAACCGGUUGUUAUCUUUUCUGGCUACAAUCAUCACAAGGAAACUACAAUUUUUGCAUGUGCCUUGGUUUGUGAUGAGACCAUUGAGACUUACAAAUGGGUCCUGAAAGCCUUGGAUGAAGCUAUGUUUGGAAAGCAACCCAAAGCUGUUGUGACUGAUGGAGACAAAUCUAUGCGUGAAGCAGUAAAGGUUGUGUUUCCUAAUGCUACUCAUAGGCUUUGUGGAUGGCAUAUUCAGCAAAACUGUCUUGAGAAAAUUAAGAUUCCAGAUUUCUUGAAUGAAUUUAAGACUUUGAUUUAUGGGAAUUUCACUCCAGAACGUUUUGAAACUAAAUGGCUGCAAGUGAUUGAAAAGUAUGGUAUUGGUGAGGAAAAAUGGAUUAAACAGACGUAUGAAACUAGGCAGAUGUGGGCAACUGCGUUUAUGCGAGAGAAAUUUUUUGCCGGUAUCAGGACUACCUCCCUAUGUGAAGGCAUUAACUCAUUUAUUAAGAGGUAUGUGCAGUGCAAAAAUAGCAUCCUUGAUUUCAUUUAUAACUUUGAGAGAGCUGUGGAGGAGUAUAGGCAUAAUGAGUUAGCCUCUGAUUUCAAGUCAAGUUAUGGUGAGCCUGUCUUGAUUACUGCUUUGAGUCACAUUGAACAAGGAGCAGCAAAGUUGUUGACAUUGAAUAUGUUUAGGGAAGUGAGACAUAUGAUUCAACGAGCACUUAACCUUAAUCUUGUUGAACGAUCAGAGAUUGGUACCACAGUGAUGAUAAAGUUUAGCAUUUGUCGUCAUCCAAACACUCAGUUCUUGGUCAUUUAUGACAAGAAUCAGAACAUGUUUGAUUGUGAUUGUGGGUUUUCUGAAUAUGUUGGCAUACCUUGUUCUCACAUUAUAUGUGCUAUGAGAACUGAGAACAUGAAUGAAUUCCCUGCUAGUCUUGUUUCUAAAAGGUGGCUGAAGACUGCAAAGGCUGAUUCAUUACAAUCUAUCCCUGCUAUGGAGGUUGAUACUGAUAUAAUGAAAAUGCUGCGUAGAGGUGCAAUUUCUGCUGCAUGCAACUUUCUGAGUGAAUAUGGUGCUGAUGACUCUUCUGAUUUCUCAAAUGUUAUCGAGGACAUAUACAAGCUUGUCAUGAAAUUUCAGAAACGUCGUCAUCCCAAUUCUGCUGCAACCAAUUUAUUUGUCAUUGGUGACCCAGCUGUUGUCAAAACAAAGGGCGCUCCACGGAAGAAGAAGUAUAAGAAGACGAAAAGGCUAUGCUCUAAUUGCAGAAAGGGUGGCCACACAAUCAGGACAUGUCCUACAUUAUUUGAGGGUAAUGAAGUUGGAGAAAGUUUUGCAGAUGCUGAAGAAGAUGAAGAUUCAUCUGUUGAAAUUGAUGGUGAUAACACUGCUGAUACUCCUGUGCCAUCAUUAGGAGGAGAUAAUGGAGGGACCAGUUCAAUGAGUACAAUCAAAGCCAAAAGAAAGGUGGGAGAUAGAAGAACCCAAAAGGAUGUUAAACGCAACACUGGAAGUUCCCAAGCUAUGGUGUCACCAACUAUUGAGCAACCUCAACCUGAUAUUGAAGCCCCUCCAAUGAGUUUCCCUAGUGGGUUCAAUUUGUUUCCCCAAUUCCCUGCGAGCCAGAUUUUACAAUCUUUCCAUCCUUUUGCUUCAUACCAGCAAUCGCCUUAUGGCACUCAGUAA